GCCGAAACUAAAGUUCAAUUAGCCAAAGCUCAAUUAGAUGAAUUUAAGGCUUUAGAAGAAUUUGAACAAAUAGCUACUCCAUCUCAAUGGAAUAUUCAUUUAGCUUUAAAACCUAAAAUAAAACUUUGGUCGGCUAAGAAUAAAAAUUACUUGGCUGCUCUUAAACGUGUUGAAUAUGAUAUGCCUCCAAAAUUUAUUGAAAAAGUUGAUUUAUCAUUUAAAAUUGAUGAAUCUAUUAUCAAUCAAGAUGAAGCUCAAGCUACAUAUAAUCAAAUGCGUCAAAUUACAAAAGAAUUUCGUACACAAGCAAUGACAUUAUAUGUACAAUCCUUAGGUAGAGAAAAUGAAUUAUUAUCGAAUGAAAUUAAACGUAUUAUUGAAGGCUUUCCUCAAGAAAAUGAUGAGGGAUUUGAUGCUGAACCUGGACAUGCAGCAUUUAAACAUUAUCAUAAUUUACGAGAAAAAAGAUUAAAUUUAGAAGCUGAACAAUCGAUUCAUUUUUUAUCGGAAGAGCGAGUCGAGGGCGAUACAAACGAUCCGGAAGAACAUGAGUUAUUAAAAUUAGGUCCUCGGUUCAUUUAUAAUGAUCCAAAAACGGCAUCUCGACGACGUACAACUGAGUUGGCUACUCUUAAACGAAAAAUUGAAGCUCGUUUCUUUGAUAAGAAAGUUAGCCCCGGUCGUCCAGUCGAACAAUUUAUUUCCGAAUUAGAUGUUCUGCUUCAAAAAUUACAUAAUACCCCUGGAAAUCCUCGAAAAUUAAGAAAUAUAUUAAAUCAAAAUAAUACAUAUGAUAAUUUAGUUUCUACUAUAGAAUCAAGUCAAUCCCAAGAUAUUAAUUCUAGAAUUAUUAUUAAAAAGAAGAAAAAUUAUGGGCGAUUAAUUAAACGUUUAAAAUAUAAGCUUCAUUUGAAAAAUAUUGUUCUUCAAAAAUCUGAUAAAAAUAAAGUAUUCCACUUAGGUAAACUUGACGAUUAUCGCAAAAAAUCAGAAGAAUAUAUGGAGAAAACAAAGGCCUACAAAUGUUUAGGUACUGAAGAUCCAUUUCCUGAUCUGAUUCGUCGCACUAAUAAAUAUUUAUUAGAUUUACGGCUAGCCAAGUGGAUUACCCAAAAACAGUAUGAAAAACUUUGUAUUAAUCCAAAUGAAGUUGAACUUGCUCAUUUAUAUUAUUUACCUAAGGCACAUAAGCCUGGUACUCCUCUUCGUCCAAUUAUAUCUGGUCUUAAACACCCUACAAUUAAAAUUUCAAAAUUUCUCGAUGAAUUACUUCGACCUUUAUUUGAUAAGAUGGCUGCAAAAACGACUAUUAAUUCUGGCUUUGAAUUAGUCAAACAGUUGCAACAAUGGUCAAGUAUUAAUAUACGUCAAGAAACUUUAUUUUGUACAAUUGAUGUUACAGACCUUUAUACAAUGGUGCCGCAAACUGAAGGAGUACUUUCAUUAAAGAAAAUGUUAGACCAUUUAAAAUUAAAACAAGUUGGUGGUCUUAAAAUUGAAACAAUUAUUAGAUUAAGUCGAUUUGUGAUGCAAAAUAAUUAUUUUUCUUAUAAUGGCCAAUUUUAUCAUCAAAUUCGUGGAGGAGCUAUGGGUUCUCCUCUUACACUAGCUGUUGCUAAUUGUUAUAUGUUCUUUUUUGAAAGACAAAUAGUUAAACAAAUUAGCAAUAGUG